AUGGCCGAUAUUGCCGAAAAGAUUGCCGCGGCCCGAAAGGAGGCCGAGACCUUGAAGGAGAAGAUUAAGCAAAAGAAGGAUGCACUCGCGGACACAACACUAAAAUCCGUUGCCAGCGAGCUCGAGCCGCUCCCUCGAAUUGUGAUGAAGGUCCGAAGGACCCUCAAAGGCCACCUGGCCAAGAUCUACGCCAUGCACUGGGCCUCGGACAAGCGUCACCUCGUCAGCGCCUCGCAGGACGGAAAGCUGAUCGUCUGGGACGCCUACACCACCAACAAGGUCCACGCCAUCCCGCUAAGAUCUUCGUGGGUGAUGACGUGCGCGUAUGCGCCGUCAGGGAACUAUGUAGCAUGCGGCGGCCUCGACAACAUCUGCUCCAUCUACAACCUCAAGACCAAGGAAGGCACAGUCAAGGUUGCUCGCGAACUCAGCUCCCACACCGGAUAUCUCUCGUGCUGCCGAUUCAUCAGCGACCGGCAGAUUAUCACUUCGUCCGGUGACAUGUCCUGCAUGCUCUGGGACAUUGAUGCCGGCAUGAAGACCCUGGAGUUUACCGACCACACCGGCGACGUCAUGUCUCUCUCGCUGUCGCCAGACAAGAACAUCUUUGUCUCUGGUGCCUGCGAUGCCACCGCCAAGGUCUGGGAUAUCCGAACCGGCCGCUGCGUACAGACCUUCACCGGACACGAAUCCGAUAUCAACGCAGUGCAAUUCUUCCCGAACGGCGACGCCUUUGGUUCAGGCUCCGACGACGCAUCCUGCCGACUCUUUGAUCUGCGUGCCGACCGCGAGUUAAAUCAGUACACGCACGACAACAUUCUCUGCGGCAUCACUUCGGUCGCGUUCUCGGUCUCGGGACGACUCUUGUUUGCCGGAUACGACGAUUUCAACUGCAACGUCUGGGACACUCUGAAGGGCGAGCGCGUCGGUGUCCUCACAGCCCACGAGAACAGGGUCUCUUGCCUUGGAGUCUCGAGCGAUGGCAUGGCACUCUGCACUGGAAGCUGGGAUAGCUUGCUGAAGGUAAAGAUGCCGGCGCGUGUGUGCAUCGUCGCUGUCUCUGUUUGGGCAUAA